UCCGUGCUCGUAACAUGAUAAAUUAAAUUUACGAAUUUACCAUGAAUAUCAUGGCUAUUGAGUAUUGGCUAAUAAUCUCUUGAUCUCUUCACUCUUGAGCUAUUUAGAAUUAUAUAAUAUAUAUACGGUAAACUUGUAAAUGUAGACUUUCAAAGUUAUAAAAUUACAAUUUGUUCAAUGGUAAAAUCUUCACAUGGUGUAUUGCAUAUWUUGGUUUCAGACUUCUAUUUAAUGUUUAUCAUUAUACAUACAUUUUAGAGGAAAAGAGAAAUUGAAACUAAAUGAUAAAUUUGUAUUUAUGAUAGCUGUAUAAGGAGCAGAGUACAUAAUUUAAAAUAUAUGAGUACAGUAAAUAAUAAUAAGCCCAUUAAAGUAACUUUUAACAAAGCCAAUGGUGACAAAAUUAUUGCAGAAGGCAAAAAAGGAGAUUCUUUAUUGGAUAUCAUUAUAAAUAAUAACUUAGAUUUUGAUGGAUAUGGAGCAUGUGAAGGUACGUUAACAUGCUCUACAUGUCAUGUGAUUUUAGAUUCAAAGGAUUAUGAUGCAUUACCUGAUAAACCUUCUGAUGAAGAAUUAGAUAUGUUAGAUUUAGCAUAUAACCUAACUGAUACGUCUCGAUUAGGAUGUCAAAUAAUUUUAGAAGAAAAAUUAGAUGGCUUAGAAGUCAAAGUACCAGCUACAGUUAACGAUGCUAGGUAUAAUUAAAACAUGUAAUUAAGGAAACAAUAUUUUGAUAAAAAAACAUUACUUUUCUUAUUUAAUCAUUAUAUUAUCAAUAAUAUUAUUUUAGAACAAGAUAUAGACAUUUAAAUGUUUAGCUUUUUAAGAGUUUCUCCAAACUAACAUAUUUUUAGUUUUGAUUUAUUUUUUUUGUCAUUUAAAUACUUACGGGUACUUAACUAGGAAUACAGACCAGAACAUACAAUAAUAUUAAAAUUUUUAUAGAAURUACAAUAGAUAUUAUUAAUUAAUUAGAACCUAUAUAAAAUGGUUAUUUAACCUGAAAUUAAUAUUUUUAUAUUUAUAGUGAGUAAUAACUAAUAACUAAUAAGAUUAUACUACUUAUUAGUGUUGCCAGUUUGUUGUUGUAACCAUUUUUUAAUCUAUUUUAAUUUAAUAUUGUACAAACAAUCAAACCUUCUUAAAACACGUCAGCCAUCAGGUACAUAUUAUUAUAUUCCUUAUGGUUUUUAUUACACACAUACUCACUAAUGGUCGACCAACUAGGAUCUUAACAUAACCUAACAGAAGGUUAUUUAUUUUAAAUUUUGAGUAAGUUUUAAAUUCUGAAAGAAGCAAUGAAUGUAUUGAUUUUAGAACAAUGU